UCCCUCCCUCCCUCCCCGGGGCAGGAGGCGCUGCUGGCGUCGCAGGAGGAGUUCUUCCAGGAGCUCUUCGAGGGCGAGCUGGCCUCGCAGGCCACGGCUGAGUUCGAGCAGGCCAUGCGGCAGCUGGCCCACGACGAGCCCCACCUCGUCGAGCAGUUCCAGAAGCUCUCCCAGGCCGCAGGACGCGUCGGGAGUGACUCCACGUCCCAGCAAGAGUUCACUUCCUGCUUGAAGGAGACCCUCAGUGGCUUGGCCAAGAAUGCCACUGAGUUGCAGAACUCCACGGUGGCUGAAGAGGAGCUGGCCAAGACCAUGGAGGGGCUGUGCCUGGAGGAGGGGGAGGGCGAAGGCAACCUCUUGCCCCUCAUGCAGAGUAUCAUGCAGAACCUCCUCUCGAAAGACGUCCUCUACCCCUCCCUCAAGGAGAUCACGGAGAAGUACCCAGAGUGGCUCCGGAGCCAUCGGGACUCCCUGCCCAAGGAGCAGUACGACAAGUACCGGGAGCAGCAUGGCAUCAUGGGCAAGAUCUGUGAGCAGUUUGAGGCGGAGCGGCCCACAGACGGCGACACGGAGCACAAGGCCCGCUUCGAGCUGGUCCUGGACCUCAUGCAGCAGCUUCAGGACCUGGGCCACCCACCCAAGGAGCUGGCUGGUGAAUCGCCGCCUGGCCUGAACUUUGACCUGGAAGGACUGAAUCUGCCCGAUGGGGCCAAUGCCGGAGGAGACCAAUGCCGGAUCAUGUGACCGUCCCGCAUGUCGAGCGGCGUGUCUUGAGAGUGACUGUGCGUCGUUCCUUCAUCACCGGGGUGCCUGGGGCUGAUGCUGCCCAUGUAGCUCUUGAUGGACGAGGGUCCCACUAGGAUAAUCCCCCACCUGAGGCUUUCCUGAGGUCUCCAGAGUGAACUGGGGGAGGAGCAGCUGUGCCCUCCUUCCCUUCCCCUCCCCUCCCCACGCCCUUCUGCUGUCUCCUGAGUGGAAGACCUGGACCCCUCUGCCCUUUGGAUUUCGGUAAACCACGCUGAGCAUGGCUAGCCUCCGUGUGUGUGCUCCUUGCCCCGCUCUCCUUUCUCCCACUAGGAGUGGAGCCAGCUGCCAAGGCAGCCGUUAGCUGAGAGUGGCCAGCAAAGGGGUCCAGGUGGGACUGGCGAGUGGCUCUCCAGUUUGGGCCUUGUUGGAGGGGGGCUUGAACCAUUUGUAUCUCGGCUCCCCCUUUGCUGCUGGUGUCUUGAGGCUUGUCAGGUGGGUGGCCUCCUUUGGAGGUGAAAGGGGAGGCAGGCCUCUUCCAAGCACAGCCUGGCCAGGGGUCCCUGGGGGAGGCAGCAUGGAGGGGUUCAGCUUCUCUCUGCCGCCUUCACUCAUGGUCCUUUCCUCUCUGCUGCCUGGAAUGCCCCAGGCUGGGGGGUAGGAAGAUCUUGGCUUUUCUGCCCCAGCAUGAAACUGGAGGAAGGUCCUCUCCAUCUGAACCCAGCUUGGAUGGUCGGGUGGCAGAACUUGAUGGAGAUGGAACUCUUUGGAAUAAAUAAAGGUGGAAGUUUA